GGAGCGGAGGGGUGAGGUGUGGGCGCAGGGAGCGUGCGUUCCGGAGCGAGGGGUAGAGCAUCUCGGCGGGGGCUGCCGCCCGAAGCAGGUAGCGGCCGCCUCGGCUGCGGCGGGAGAUAGGGGCGGGCCCGCUGCCCAGUGCGGCCGGGGGCCGCUCCAUCAGCCCGGGAGGGGCGGCGGCGGCGCGGGCAGCAGCCGGGCGUUUCCGGGAGGCUGCUGGCGUGGGGGGGCAGACCUGGAGCGGGGGGCCCCGAGGGGCGGCACGGGGGAGGGCCGCGCUUCGGGGACAAGAGCGCGAUUGCCGGAUUCGACGCCUAAAAAAGAUGGGUGGAGGAAGGAAACCAAAAAAUCCCCAGCCUUCUCCGGGCGGCUGCGCUCCCGCGUGGGCGAGGCCGAAAGCCCCGCAGCGUGCCUCGGCCCGCUUCACCUGCCGCCGGGUCGCUGCCCAUCGCUCUUUCUUGAUAGAGCCACUCUUGGGCAGCCCGGCUUCCUUCCGCCCGGGGCCGCUUCCCGUUUCUCGGAACCGUCGCUUUUGCGGCCGGGGAGCGGCCUCGCAGGAAGGGGUCACGGGUUUCUCCCCCCGUCGGAAAGAGGUGGCGGAAGAGAAGCGAAACGUUGCCUCGGUCUGCGGUCCCGGUUGUGCCGGGUCGUGCGUGAGCAAAGAGUGGCUGGAAAGGCGCGGUAGCGUCGAUGUGUGCAUCAGCCCCUGGCUCUGAGAAGAGGUUUAGGGCCCUGUGGAGAAGGGGCAGCGCGGGUCUUCCAGAGUGAAGAAGUGCAGCUCUACAGUGAUUGGCAGCAAGCCUGUAAUUGAAGCCAGAUGGAAUCCCGUGGGAAUAGAAGCCUUUAAUUUCAUUUAACCUACUUCCCACCUUUAGCACCUGAAAUGUGUUGAUAUUUUAAUAACAUUCAAUAGUAACCGAAACAGAAUUAGAUCACGCAGCCCUUUGGAUGCCUAGGGCAGCCAUCUGUACCAUGGCAAGCUUAAAUUUCCCCUGCUCCCGUCUCUUGCCGUUUGUGAUAUGUUAUUGACAUAACCUGCAGGUUCUGUAUUAAUAUAUUUCCAAGAUUAGUACUUCUCACUUUUUCUGCCCUGUUUUUAAAUGGUUAAAACACAGCCCUUUCUCUACCCAGAAACAUUUAAAGCGGGCUAUGAAAACUGAGCUGUGUGGUUCUGCAGUAGCUAGAAAAAGCAGUGAAAACAAUAUGCAGAUCUAGCUGUGUAACCGUUUACUCUGAGUACCGGGUCUUAAUGCUGGACUGCAGGGCUAAUCAGCCCUUACCACAGAGUAAUUUUAACAGUAACAGCAAAGCAUGUAAUUGUUUUCCAUCUUCUGUCUGAUGUAGAGGUGUGUGUUUGCCAAUGACUUUCAUCUUUCUUGUAGUUAGGAAAAAAACCCUGCUUAUUCCUUUUCAGCAUCCGAUGCUUGAAAAUAAGAUAAGAAAAGUUCUAUGAAGCAAAAUCCGAACUUGUCUGAUAGUAAAUACUUUCUACUCUCUGGUAAUGGGUGUUCCUAAGAUUUCGUUUUAAAUGUGUGGGAUAUCCAGUAGGCAGAUGUGAGUGCAGAGCAUCACAAAGUGUUGGCUUUCCAGUGUAUCUCCUGAUGACAUCUUGGAGUAAUACGUGUAUUGAAAUGGCCGCACUAACAGAUCUCUUGGAAGUGGAGGAGGUGGAAAUGUCUGUUUGUAGGACCUUCUAGUCCCGAAGAGGAGGAGCUGAGGCUCCUCUCCUGCUUCCUCAUGAUGAGAAAACAGCAUCCCGUGUCAUCUUCCUGUUUUCAAGUUCUAGCACUUGUAAGAACUUACAGUUCCAGUGCUGUUGCACUGCGAUUGCAUGGAAGGGAUCUGUAAUGAACUCAAAUGGCUAGGUAUUCCUAACAGCUGCUUUGGACGUUUAAGCAAGCGCUGGGAAAUAUACUAAGAGUAGUUGAAGACACUGCUGUAUCAUUGCAAUGAGUUGGGGUUUUUCUGGCUUCUCAGCCUGAAAUAAUGUGUGAGGUAUUGUGUUUCUUUUGUUUUGGUGUGGCCAAAAUAUUCAGUGUUUGAGGUUGAGUCUGUUCACUAAAGUAUGCUUUAUUUUGUCUGUAGGAACCAGAGUUACUACUGAGUAAAAUGGAAAAGGGGAAAAAAAACCCAAAAACCGAAACAUAGAAACUGUUGUGAUUAAAACCUGAACUUUGAUAAUUUGGUACUCUGUAGAUGGAGGAUGUACUUUUUGUAAUACUUGAGUGGCUGAACACGAUCAGUACCUUCAUGUGUACCCAUGCUGCUGCUCUUGGUUGCUAAUUUUGAGUCUUGCAGCAAUCUGACUGUAACGCAGUCCUCCAGCGAGGCUUUAUUUAGCCUCAACACUUUGGGACUGUGGAAGCUGAAAAUGGUCCUUGCGACUGCUGUCUUUGAGUAGAGUAGAUUUUCUUUUAUUACUUUUUUCUUAUUACUCUGAAUGUCUCCAACACAGAUUCUUGUGAGGCUUUCAUGAACUCUUCCUUGCUUUUUCGAAGGUUUUCACAACCCUUUUUCUAUGUGUGACUCCAUUGGCAUCCCUUAUUGCUUUCUUCCUCAAGGUGUGGUUGGGCUGUUCUUAGCAGAUCUUGCUAAACUCCCGUUCUGUGUUAUCUGUAUGUACACACACCACACCAUACCAACCUUUCCAUUUCAUUGUUAGCUCGAUGUUUGUGAACUUGUAGGAAGUUGUGUGCAAUAGGCACGAUAUAUAGAUCCAGAUAAGAGGUGCAUGGGUGUAAGUAGGAGUUAAAGGCCAAGUGUUCAGUAGUUAAAUACAUGUUAACUGCAUGAGUGGAGUAAAAUCCUGAGUUCUUUUGGAAGUGGGAGAGGCUUUAUGCAUCCUCUUUAAGUGUUGUUCACUUUAUUUGUCCUGUUUGUGGGGUAGGUAGGCAACCUGCUGUUAGAACCUGCUUUAACUAUGUGUAUGUGUAGGGUAUUUCUAAAUAUACAAAAGCUGUGGAAAAAGCGCUGUUAAUUUACUUGCAGUUUUGUUCUACUUGUAUUGGAAAAGAUCACAUUAAACUUGUUUUUAAUGAGUAAGGGAAGUGAUUAGGCUUCAGAUAGAGACUGCUAGAGCAGUUGUCGAAGAAACUUACUAUUGGCCUUCAUAAUAAUUCUUAGGAACUUCUGCAGGAACGUGAUGGGAAAUAAAAGAUGUUCACUGAUUUGCACUGGAAAGCUAUUGAAUUAUAUCAUGUUAAAAUGUUAUAUUGCUUGACUGCAAUUUUGUAUGAACUCUGACAAGUGACCUUUACUACAAAGGCAUUAGAAGGCAGGAUUUGGUGCAAUGUGAUGACAAACACUUGAGGAUUUUCUUGCAGGAGUGUAGUUAGCCAGUUAGUAUGCAACAUUCACACAUACAUAUGCAACAAAGCAUUGCAGGGUUUUGUUCCUGUAAAUCUCUCUUCAACUGUCUGAAGCUAUUUCAUCUGAGAGAAGUCAGAGCAUCGCAGAAACUGAUUGUUCAGGACUUCUUGGUUUAAUUGUAAAAAAACAUCAGAAAGCAUGGGAAGAUCUGAAAGUCAUUUCUAGGACUUCAAAUUUAUUGUGUGAUGCCUGUUCUAAAAUUUGAUUGGAACCUUCUCACUCCUUCAUACUUUGUAAUUUCAAACUAAUAGGAAAUAAGAGAUGGGUUAUGUCCCUUUUCAAUGAAAUGUCCUGUCUGCAAAUGUUAUGUUAAAAAAGCCCUAAUCAUACACUUCAGUGGCAGUACAGGCAGUACAGAUGGCUUAUCUCGACCUACUGGUGUUUCAAACGGAGUAAUUUAGAAUGCAGUUUUGGGACUGUUAUUUUUUUCUCCUGUCUGAUUGAUGCGAUAAAUGUAAAUCCAGGUUUUAAUUACCUGGACUUGUCUUACCUAUGGAAGUAGAUGAACUGGUGAACCUGUUUUUGUUACUGUUGCGGUUCUUCCUUCCCUCUGUCUGCUUUUUGUUUUGUUUUCCAAAAUAUUUUGAGGAAUUCUCAUUCCCUCCUCUGUAAAAUGACAGUGUCAAAUAACAACUGGAGCAAUAAUACUACUGCUGCUCAGGCUUUUCCUGAUGGGUACCUGGUCCGGAUAUCAAAACAAUGUAUACAAAGGCUAAACUGGUGCCUCCAAUUUAUUGUUCUGAUGCAGUAUCUAAGAAUUGAGCAGGCUUGCAUUCCAGCACAUUCUGUGGUAGUCAACUGUGAGACUGUUACUCUAUCCAUUAAUGUUGCAGGUAGGCUCCUUAGGCAGCUUUUACUAGCUUCAGUGUUAACUGUGGAGCUGUGAUUUAUGCCAAUAAGAGCUGUGAUCUGUGGAACCACCUUGAUAAACAGCGAGACUUUAUGCUGUCAUAUCUGAAAGCACAGCCAAGGCAUCUGUGUUGACUGACUUAGAUAAAAUGAUCUCGAGCUGUGGUCCUUCUUAGUGAAUGUUGAUUCUGCCUGUUUUUAGCUCUGCUAGACCUGUUUGAAAGCUCUUUGGGCAUAAGUCUUAAGAAUAGUUCUUCAUGAACUGGAAAUAGAGUAUACUGAUCGUACUUCGUCUGUUGCAGUGUGCUUUACUGGCGUAGUCCAAUAUUCUGGACUGAUGGCCUUCUGUGCAACUUGGAGGAAUGAAGUUAAUUAUGCUGAAACAUUUUCUUUUAAUGUGCACUUGAAGGACAAACUCAAACAGUAAACAGUUCAGAACAGCACAAAUUUCUAAUUUAAUUAUAAAGGGAUAGCAAUAGCCUUUUACUUAGUUGCAUUAAACCAGUGCUUAGAAGAACUUUAAUUCGUUUUCAGUGGUUUUACUGUAAAAGAAGUGUAAUUAGAGCAAAGCUUAGGAUCUCUCCAUUACUUUGAAGGACAGAGUGUUUACUAUUAAAGAGUCGGUUUUUUGUCAGCGAGAACAGAAUCUCUGAAUAGUGUCUAAGUGCUUAUGCACUCGCAGUGAAUUCAGAACUAUAGCUUGAGAAGGUAUGUGAGUACACUCAUAGGAAGUAUCUCUAUGACCAUGCAUCAAAUGCCUCUAAUGGUGAAGUGCUGCUGAGAGCACCGCAAGUUUCUGGACUGAGAUGAUCUUCCCUUCCCCGCAGUAAGACGGAAGGAUUGGAGGAGGUUAAAAAACUGAUGUCUUCAGGCACAGCUCUGGCUUUCAAAGUAUCGCAUUUCCACGAGGGUGUUUUCAAACUCCAAAUCAAAUAGUCCAGUUUAUAAACUUAAGUGGAAACUGAGUCCUACUUCCAAUUCUGCUAAUAAAUUACAGGAUUGAGUGAAUUGAGUGCUUGGUUUUUUAUGCUUUUAAGGCAGUUGGCAGAAGUGCUUUGGCUUUUGGUGUAAAUCUAGGUUUUUGUAUCAAGAUGCUGUAGAGCAGUUAAACAGCUCAUGCAAUAUUACUUAAUCCUUAAUUAAACCAAUUUAUUAAUGCUUCUUAACUUGAAUGUAUGUAAUGUAAAAAAAAAAAUAGUAUUUUGUUCUGGAGAAAUAGAACUUCUACAUACAGUCUAGGAAAAACUUUCAUCUAAUGUAUUUCUGUCAGUAAGAAUAGUCAGGAGAAGGAGAGGAGUUUUUUUUAGAGCACGUCUAGUUUAUUUGUGGCCAUGCACCUGCAUGCUUGGUCACGUAAACUCUAACUUGACUAAAUCAGUUGCUCCAACUGCUGUCUUGUUUCAGUAGAUAACGGAUUUGUAGUAGGCAUAUCUUUUCUGGUAGCAGACUGUCUCCGAACAUCUUCAAGGUUGAGGAAUAGAGCAAGUUUGAAGUGUCUGUUGCUCGGUAAUUCUCUAAUACUCUUAGUGACCGUCAACUACACUUGCCAUACUUUGUGUACAGCCUUGGGGAAGUGUGAGAUACUUGCUGUCUAACACACCACCAGACAGAAGCCCGAGAACAGCUAGUUACUAUUAAAUUUUGAACAUAUUUUGAUAGCUCUUGAAAAAGGGGUGGCUAUAAUUAGCUUCCAGACCUGGCAAUAUGUUUCCCAGCUCCUGGAGAUAUGACAAAUUCUCUUGUCAGGUUUAUCCUGCAGAUGACUGUGGCUUCCAGCUAGUAUAGCAAAUAGCCUUGCAGAGAGUAGGUAAGAAUGUUAGUGACAGUUGAAAACACUGGUAAGCACGUUUUUUUUCCUAAGUGCAGGAAUAAUCUGAAAUCUGCAGUGUGAUUGUGCAGUUUGGAGUAGAUAUGCUUUAAAGUGAACUUGCACCAAAAGAAGUGUCCAACAGGAAAUACUCUGUUCCGUUGUUAAGAUCUCUACUCAACUGUUUUGGAAGAUAUCUUUCACAGAUAAGGUUUCUCAAUGGGUAUAACCUUGGACUGUGAAGACAGACAAACUCACCUUUGGUGAUAUGCUCAUAGGUACUGUCCAAAUAGGGGAAAUCAUUGACCUUCGUGGUUGUUGAAAAUGUGGACAUAACUUCUGAUAGCAUUCAUUGAUUUACUUUUGUGGAAACAAGGCACCAGAUGCAAUGAGACAUGAUGUGACCCCAGCUUGUCUUUCUGGCAUAAUCUUGUUUAGGUGAGUUAAAUAUUACUUUCUUUGCUGCCAGAAUCUAUCCAGCUCUUAAAUUUUAUUCUGGCUUGCUACAGUGUCCUUGAAAAUGGCAGUGGAAGCCCUAAAUGGCAAGCUGACCUUCCAGUAAUGAUUUUCUGAUACAGAUGUGUGAUUAUGGUUUUCAGAAACACUUGCUGCAUUCAGAUUUGAUGUCUAGGUUUUAUUGCCUGAAUAUAUACAUAAGAUAGAAGAAACGUCUGUCUUGUGGACUGUUUUUGUGUUGCACUGCUGCUAGUACUUGGUGCAAGCUGUUGGGGGAAGUUGAGUUUGCCAGGCUCUAUUCUGCAGAACUUUAGUUUGUUGCUAAUGCUUGAGAGGUUGGGAAAUAGUUAUUGUCUGUUUCCUAUGACUGGAUAAUCUCAGUAUGAUAGAAUUUGGAAGGAGUGUCUUGCUGACCUAAUGUUUGGCAGUGAUUAACUAGAAAGCAGGCCUUUUAUCCUCAAAUGAGGACAUAAGUGCACGCUCCUUUUUUUCUGGGUUUAGCAUUAAAACAUUCAAGAAAGCAACAGGCUUUCUUGGCAGAUUUGAAGGCAAAUCUUUAAGCAUCUUGAUCUAUGUUUGGACAAAUCUGAGAAUUGCCCUUGUUUUGAGUGUCAUAGAGACCUCUGUUUGAACAAGUGAGUUAAAUAUUGCAGUAGUUGCUCUGGAGGCAAACAGAGCUGCUGUUGUUUGCUCCAUAAUAGCUGUUGCUCACUCUUGGACACAAGAAUUAUUUUACAAGAUGGGGAAUGUUGGCUAGAAUCCAGGAGGUGGGUUUUUUUUUUUUGUUUGCUUUUUACUGAAGUGCUUAGGAGUGUUUGAUGCCUUAAAGGGAAGCGUGUUUCAGAUGAGCUGGAUCUUCAGUCACCUUUGGUUUAAACCAGAGCCUAUGGAUUCAUAAGUAUGUUAACAUCAGUUUCUCUGUGGCAUUUUUAGUGCAAGCUUCCUCUACUGAGGGCAGUUUAUCUCUACAAGUCAUCCAGAGACCAUGCCUGUUCUACAGGAUGAGUUCUUAAGAUAACUCUUAGUUAUCCUUUCAUCUGCCCAAUGUUUUUUCCUCUUAGGUAUUGUUACUUAGUAGCUCAAAAAGCAGCUACGUUGCAAGAGUUCAGAUAAUUCCAAGCCUGCAUAAGGCAGCGUUGUAUUUAACAGAAGUAUCUGGCAUUGUUUGAAGAAGGUGUGGUCAAGAAGUCAUUGAAUAAGUGGUGAAAAUGCAUGUUGCUGGUUAAUAGAGAAAGUAUGACUGAUUUUGUGCUUGCAACAACUCAAUUAUAAUGUGGAAUAUUGCUGGCAUUUCAACCUUACGCUGAAUUUGGUUCUGCUGUGUUGUCUUUCAAGGUCAUAAUGGUUUCCAUACCUGAAUAUUAUGAAGGAAAGAAUGUUCUUCUGACUGGAGCUACGGGCUUCAUGGGAAAAGUGCUUCUGGAAAAGCUGCUCAGAUCUUGUCCGAAAGUAAAAGCAGUGUAUGUAUUGGUAAGACCCAAAGCAGGGCAGACACCAGAAGCACGGAUAGAGGAAAUAACCAGCUGUAAGCUCUUUGACAGAUUGAGAGAGGAACAGCCAGACUUCAAAGAAAAAAUUAUAGUGAUUACAAGUGAACUUACACAGCCUGAACUGGACCUUAGUAACCCAGUCAAGGAAAAGCUUAUAGAAUGUAUUAAUAUUAUAUUUCACUGUGCUGCUACAGUCAGAUUCAAUGAAACACUAAGAGAUGCCGUUCAGUUAAAUGUGCUUUCCACAAAACAGCUCCUUUCUUUGGCACAGCAGAUGACAAAUCUGGAAGUAUUCAUGCAUGUUUCUACUGCAUAUGCAUAUUGCAAUCGAAAACAUAUUGAGGAAGUUGUUUAUCCACCUCCUGUUGAUCCCAAGAAAUUGAUGGAUUCUCUUGAGUGGAUGGAUGAUAGCCUAGUGAAUGAUAUUACACCUAAACUUAUAGGUGACAGGCCUAACACCUACACAUACACAAAAGCCUUAGCUGAGUAUGUAGUACAGCAAGAAGGUGCAAGAUUAAACACUGCCAUUAUUAGGCCAUCCAUUGUUGGUGCUAGCUGGAAGGAGCCUUUUCCUGGAUGGAUUGAUAACUUCAAUGGACCUAGUGGUCUCUUCAUUGCUGCAGGAAAAGGAAUUCUUCGAACAAUGAGAGCUUCCAACGGUGCAGUAGCAGAUCUUGUUCCAGUAGAUGUUGUUGUCAACAUGACACUGGCUGCAGCUUGGUAUUCUGGAGUUAAUAGGCCAAGAAAUAUCAUGGUAUAUAACUGUACAACAGGUGGCACCAACCCCUUCCACUGGAGUGAAGUUGAAUACCAUGUAAUUUCUACUUUCAAGAGGAAUCCUCUCGAACAGGCCUUCAGACGGCCCAAUGUAAAUCUAACUUCCAAUCACCUUUUAUAUCAUUACUGGAUUGCUGUAAGCCAUAAGGCCCCAGCAUUCCUGUAUGAUAUCUACCUCAGGAUUACUGGAAGAAGUCCAAGGAUGAUGAAAACAAUAACACGUCUGCAUAAGGCCAUGGUAUUCUUAGAAUACUUUACAAGCAAUUCUUGGAUCUGGAAUACUGAAAACAUGACUAUGCUAAUGAAUCAACUAAGCCCUGAAGACAAAAAGACUUUUAAUUUUGAUGUUCGACAACUACAUUGGGCAGAAUACAUGGAAAACUACUGUAUGGGAACGAAGAAAUAUGUGCUCAAUGAAGAAAUGUCUGGCCUCCCUGCUGCUAGGAAACACUUAAAUAAGUUAAGGAACAUACGCUAUGGAUUCAAUACAAUUCUUGUGAUCCUGAUAUGGCGCAUCUUUAUUGCAAGAUCACAAAUGGCAAGAAAUAUCUGGUACUUUGUGGUUAGUCUGUGCUACAAGUUCCUCUCCUACUUCAGAGCCUCCAGUACUAUGAGAUACUGAAGAACAAGAAUUUAGCAUUAGGGCAUCUAUGCAUAUAGCAGUCUAACUACACAAAAUCUGUUACAUGUAAUCAUCUCACGUUUUGUAAAAGCAUAAUUUUAUUUUAAAUUGGAGUGCAAAAUACAUAGUAUGGUAUAUGUAAAGUUAGUUAUAUAUCUUCCUGAAACAGAGAAAAUAAAAUGGUCACGUGCCAGGCUGAAUUGACUUUAGGUAAGCAUUUAAGUUUUUAACCUGGGCAGAACAUUUUAGACCACUGACCAACAUAACUGUGCAGUUUGGGACAUUUUUGAUUGAAAUCUGCCUUAACAUAAUUUUAUUUUUGUUCCACAAUGAGAAAGGUAAAUAUUGAUAUAAGAUUUGCUAGUUAUUGUAGACCUAUUUAUUUGAAAUCCUGCUAAAUUGCAAAGGGUUUUACAGUUGCUGAAGUGUAUGAACGCUGGUGGAUCUCCGGGAAAAACUAUUGUCUUUUUGCCACUUCUUCCCUUCUCAAAGUAAGAUUGUAAUGAUGACUACUUGGCUUUAAGAGAAAGCCCCCUCCCUUCUGAAAGGGCUUUUGUGUGAUCGGGUUUUUGGAGUGAUUCAGUUUUGUGCUCAGAAUUGGCCUCAUCCUACUUGAGUUUGUCAGCAUGACCAGUUUGCUCUUCUGAAAGCAGAAUUGAACCCAUCAUUGAGUAGAUAAAAGGGAUGUAGCCCUGAGGGGUGGGGGGGGGAAGUGAUCAUUGACCGUCCUUCUUUUUUUUUCUGUUGGUAACACAGAGCCAGCACUUGAUUGUUACAGUUUUGACUCCAAAAGGUAAAUGUAUUUGAAAGGAGUUUAUUAUGCUUGAUAGUUAUUUAUAGUACUGGUAACUGUAGUUGGACAAAUUGUAGGCUUUUGUUGAGAUAUACCUGUUCGUAAAUUUUUGCAUAGUGUUAGCGAAUGCUUCAUGAAUGAAUAACUCUUGAAAUUUGUGAGCUAUGAAGUUCCAUGCAUGGGUAAUGCCAUUGCCUAAGCACACUUUCUCAUUUCUGCCCCAAUAAAGGCCUUUGUUUUGCUGGGCAAGCAGAGCAAGAUGCAUCGUGCUUCAGAAUGGAAAUAUCUUAACAGUUUUUCUACGAUUUAGUUUAACUUAUUAGGUUUAAAUAUGAGGAAGUGUUUUUCUGCAUUUAAUUCAUUCUGGUAGGUAAAACUCAUGAAAAUAGCAAAUUGUAAGAAAAGACUGAAUUCCUGUUUAAGGCAAUAAGUAAAGAUCCCUUGAAAUUUUGCUUACUUAAGAACACUGUAGUUUUCCACUUAUUGAUGCACUGACCAGCACCCUUGCCCAGUAUUUUUUCAUUAAAAUCAGUUUAUACUGUAUGUUAAUAUGUUCUUGAAUCUGCUUGAAAAAAACAAAUGACUUAAUUACACAAGAGCUAAAUUAUACUUGCCCUUGGUAGUUGUCCUAUCUGAAUUAAGUAUGUAAAGAACUUAUUUUGCUAUUCUUGUGGAAACUCCUUACUUUAAGGAGAACACCUUUCAUGCAGGUGUAUAUCUCAUUUUGAAAAGAUAAUGGCUUCCUUGUUGAAGCUAAGUAUUCUGUAGCAAGUAGUUAAGCUGUAAUUCCUUUUUAAAAUGAUCUGUGUGUAUAUAUAUAUAAAGCUUGUGAUGAAAAGCCUAAAUGGUCUAGGACCACACCUUGUGUGAGAGACCUCUGACUGUGGCUGAAAAUAAAUUAUGGCUUCUGUGACUGAAGAUGUUACACUUCAACAAAUGCAUUAGGUGUAUUACAUUUUUAGUUACCUCUCCAAGCAUCUUACUAGACCUGAAAGUAUGCUUAAGCAUUCCUGCACUGUAGACUUUUUUCAGAGGUGCCUACAAUCCAAUGACAUCCUCAUCUCAUGUUGGCAUGUGACUGAAGUUUGCAAAAAGACAAAUACAUCAUAUUCCAAAAAUAAUUUCUGUGCAACAAUUCACAUAAAAAAUUUGUUCCUUAUGGUCAUUACUACAUGUGAUACUUUUAACAUUGAUUUGUUAAUAAUGCAAACUAUGAAGCCAAUGAAUUGAUGAUUUCUGGUCCAUAGCUGCUUAGGAAUCGAUUCUGUUGAAUAUAUAACUGGAGAAAAGGAUACUUCACCUCUACUCUUUAAACAUUUAACAGUUUAGAAACUCUUUUUUUUUCUCUUUGAAGUCCAUGGUUAUCUGUUGACUAUUGACUAUUAAACUCAUCAGUCAUCCUAUUUAAUUGAUGAUAGAUUUAGUGUCACAUAUAUUACGUUACUUACGUUGCUUCCUGUGGUCAGUCUGUGAAAUUCUAUCUGAACGUACUGUUUUCUUUCCAUAUCAGGACCCUGUUCUAUUGCAGUUCUUCAGUGUUUGCACGUAAUAAAUGUUGGUCAGAAAUAGACUGGAACUUUGUUUUGAUACAGGAAGCUGGAUUCACUGUACUGAGUAGCAAAUGACAGGAGGUAUUCCAAUUGGUUAAAUAAGAAGAACAAUUGAAACAACGUGAUCACUUAACAGUUAUAGGUAUUUAAAUUUGGGACCAGGAAAAAUUAUAUUUUCCUGUGAUGUUUUUCUGCUGUAGGAACAGAUGUUCAGAAACAAAUGCUAAAUCUGUGAGCUUUUAUAAGACAAACAGAAAUAUUGGGUGCCUUUGUUUGUAAACCAAAAAAAUAAACAAAUCGCUUAAAA